CCCCUGGGUCAGUCUGGGUCAUAUCUCUCUACUGGCUCCAGAUCAGUUUGCCUCCCCCAUGAAGGCCAUCGUGGCCAACUUCAUCGUCAAGGACCUGCUCAUGAAUGACAGGUCUGUAGGAAACAAAAAUGGGAAGCUGUGGACAUCUGACGAAGAAGUUUCUCCUGAGGUGCUGGCUAAGGUGCAGGCCAUUAAGCUGUUGGUGCGUUGGCUCCUCGGUAUGAAGAACAAUCAGUCUAAAUCGGCCAACUCCACCCUCCGACUGCUGUCCGCCAUGCUGGUCUCAGAGGGAGACCUCACAGAACAGAAAAAGAUCAGUAAAUCAGACAUGUCUCGUCUGCGUCUGGCAGCAGGAGGAGCCAUCAUGAAGCUGGCCCAGGAACCGGUUUACCAUGACAUCAUCACACCGGAACAGUUCCAACUCUGUGGGCUGGUUAUCAACGAUGAGUGUUACCAGGUGCGUCAGAUCUUUGCCCAGAAGUUACACCUGGCUCUGGUCAAGCUGCUCCUCCCAUUAGAGUACCUGGCCGUCUUCUCGCUGUGUGCCAAAGACCCGGUCAAGGAGAGGAGGGCCCACGCCAGACAGUGUCUGCUCAAGAACAUCAGUAUCAGACGGGAAUUCAUCAACAACAACCCCCUGGCCCACGAUAAGCUGGUGUCUCUCCUACCAGAGUAUGUGGUUCCUUAUAUGAUCCACCUGUUGGCUCAUGACCCAGACUUCACCAAGCCACAGGACUUCGAACAGCUCCGAGACCUCAAGGAGUGCCUGUGGUUCAUGCUAGAGGUGUUGAUGGUGCAGAAUGAGAACAACAGUCACGCCUUCCUGAGGAAAAUGGUGGAGAACAUCAAGCAGACCAAAGACGCACAGUGUCCUGACGACCCGAAGGCUAACGAGAAGCUGUACAUCGUGUGUGACGUGGCGUUGUUCGUGAUCGUUAACAAGUCGACCGCCUGUCAUCUGGAGUCUCCUAAAGACCCGUCCUGCCCAGCAAGUUCUACACUCCUCCUGACAAGGAACUGAUCAAUGAUAAGGAGU